CUCAAGCCAGCUGGACUUGUUGUGGUCGCAUCGAGCUCGCCGCGGGGGGCCCUCCCGGUUAUUCCAGUUUUGAGUUGAGUUAUAACCUCGAAACCCGAGCGCAGCGAAAUUUGUCGUGCAAAUAAUGCGCCUUUCUAUGUACGUAUUGCAAAGCGUAACUUUAUGAAAACGCAAGCCCUAUGCCAGAGCGGGGUAAACGCACAAGCGCAGCGUUUGCAUUAGAGCUCCAGCGCAACAUACAAUAUAUCACAAAUUGUAUCGAUAACCAAGGCUUCCGGCACGGAAGGACGCAAGACGGAGGAAUCGACGCGUUGGAGGAUCCCGGAAAUUGCGCGCGAAAGCGCGAGGCGCAAAAGCCCGCGGCGCCCUGAGCUACCGAAGGCAAUAUCAUCAUGACCGGUAGUAUGGCUGCUCGCAGCCCCCAGCAGACCUAUAUGAUACUUCCACCAUCCGACAGUCCAUCCCACCCCACCCCAUCCCCACACCGCAUUCCGGGGCGCACGGCAUGGAGCGCCCUGAGGGGGGAGGGGCAAGCCGGAGUACUGCGAAGCGCCGCCGGACCCAGAACUCCGAGCAACCAUGCAGUCUCUUCGGACCCAGGCAGCCUUCCGUGCUGGCGCGGCUCGCCGCCCCCAGAUCCGCUCUCGCAAUGUUCGCCUGGUGGUGGUCAACGGCAUCGACGCACCGUGUCCACGUGAGUCGUGGCGACUUCAGGGGCAAGCAAGCGAGACGUGGCCGGAAAUGGUGGCCCGUUUGUCGCGGCGCUUCGUGCAUGCGGGAGUGCGGGGGUCGGCGUGGAAGCAGCCUGAGUAACGGAGUGCGGGGAGCCACUACACGGUGACACGGGCAUGUGUACACUGGGUCUGUUGGCC